UGUUCGCCCGCUACAGCCAGUCCUUCCUCCUCCUUCUCCCGCAAGCCCGCAGUCAUGGGUCCCACUGCAGCCAUCUGUCGGGGGGCUGUGCUACUCGGGCUCUGGAGGGCGGCGGUCUGCGUCUCUCUCUCCGUCUCCGUGCCGGACCGAGUGGCGGCGCUGUCGGGCUCCUGCGCGGUCAUCCCCUGCUCCUUCCGGGCCGAACCGCACCGGCGGUACCAGCUGAGGCUCCGCUACGAGUCGCGGCUCUUGAUCCUCCGUGGCACGGCCUUCUGCAGCGAGGACGCCUCCCAGGUGAGCCGCGACUACCGGGGCCGCACGGCGCUGGCGGGGGACCCGCAGACGGGGGACUGCUCCGUGAGCGUGGAGCGCGUCGCCGCGGACGACCGCAGGCGGUACGAGGUGUGGCUGAGGGAACGGGGGGCGACGGAGUGGAAGAAGUCCGGAAAGGUCUUCCUGGAUGUGUCAGAGACCCCCGAAGCGCCGCUGAUCACUGACCCCGGGGCAGUUAUCGAGGGGCAGUUAGUCACCCUGAACUGCACCGUCAGCAGCUCCUGCCCCUCCCGGCCCCCCGAGGUCCUGUGGAAGUGGGAGAGGGGCGUGCCGGAGAGCCAGAGCGUGACCCAGUCCAGCGGAACGCCACUCUCUCAGGGAGAGGGGCAGAUCCUCUCCUCCCUGUCUUUCAUCGCGUCAUCCGCCUCUAAGCCCAGAGUGCGGUGUGAGGCCCGGUAUCCGGGGGGCAGGACGGCGUCCGUCGCCAAGGAGAUGCAUGUCAGAUUUCCCCCGAGAGACGUGGCGGUGGACGUCCACACCCUGACCGUCCAGGAGGGGGCGAGCGUGCUGCUGUCCUGCUCCUGCAAAUCGGACCCUCCGGCCUCAGAGUUCCAGUGGUGGUACAGCCAGGGCGGGGGCAGGGUCAGCCUGGCCCAGCGCACGCGCACCGUGAGGCUACUCAACGUCAGCCGGCACCUGAGGGUGGGCUGCCGCGCCCGAAACCCCGUGGGCCAGGCGGAGUCCGGCCCCUCCGCCAUCAACGUGCAAUAUAAGCCUACAAUCUUCCCCUGGUCCGUUUGCCAUUGGGAGGAUGGGGCGGUCUCCUGCCACUGCGCGGUGGAGGGGAACCCCAGACCCGCCGUCACCUGGAGCGUCAACGGGAGCAGCCCCCCCGUGCGCUACAACACCUCCGUCUCCAUGGAGAACGGCACGCUCUCGGCCACUCUGCGGGGGGGCACGGACCAGCAGCUGCGCGUGGUCUGCUACGCCUACAACGCGCUGGGCAACGACACGUCCGCCCUGCCGUACACGGUCAUUGAUUCUCUGAUGUGGAAAGUAGUCCCGGCAGUGUGCGUUCUGUCAUCUAUCUCCCUGCUCUUCCUCCUCCUACUUGUAUUCCACUGUUGGCGCAGGAAGUCCGGAAAACACAUUCUAAACUGCCGGCCAUCAUCUUCUGUUUACCCGGGAAAUUUGGGGAUCUACCAGGAAAUAAUGCCCCUCUACAUCAACUGCACAGAGGUGACCCACAUCUACACCAACGGAAGCUACCAGCUCAUCUACCAGAACUGUACACCUCUGUUUGUCAAAAGUAAACAGGUUCUCCAGGUGCACCAGAAAGAGAGGCGGGUGGGCAGGAUGGACAGACAGAGACAGAGGGAAAGAGGACGCCCAGAGAGGGACACAGAGACACCUGUGUACCUGGAGAUCAUCUGAACAUGGACACUCUAAACUGACUGAUACUAGCAAUAUGAUAUGAUACAGUCACAAUGGGAGAUCAUAAGAUAUCCAUUAUAUGAUAUUAUAUGGGCAAUUCUAUCAGUAUGAUUGUGUAGAACAACAAAUUGUUUUUAUGAAACGCACACAUUUUAAAAAAUCAAUUAUAAAGGAUUUGAAUGAGUGGUGUUCACGAUUUAGGCUAAGAAAUCCAUGAUACUAAAUAGAUUCAAUUUACAACUCAUUUUAUGCUUCAGUUAUCAGCCUAAUGUUUCUACAUUAUUUAGCCUUUAUCUUUUAAAAACUUUUAAAUCGGUGCAGCACAGCAUUUUACAGAAGGUCUCACAUGAAAAUGAAUUGAAGAAUACGCACCAAAACAUCAGGAUCACAUGUGGAUACCAUGACGAGAUCAUUUCAUUGAGUCAUAUCCACUUUAAAUAUAAUGUCUUUGUAUCGCACAUGACAGUGUAUGCCAUAAUAGGCUACAGACGUUGUCAAAUACACCAAUUGGGACGAAAAGCGGAAGUCCCGCUGAAUCGCAUUUCCGAUAUACUGCGAAGUGCUAUGCUAGCGAAAUUCAUCACAGGCAUGGAGCAGAACAUGACUUUUUACAAACUGAAAUCCCACCGUAUUCAGUAUAUAGCUUUGUAUUUAAACCAUGAAAAGCACACUUUGAAUCCAGACUUCAACUUUUCGUAGUUUGUUUAGACUUAACUUUCGGCGCUCUAUUUAGUAGGGAGCGGUACUCCGGAGCGAUCGUACAUCCGCUUUACCUCCCUAUGGUUUUCGUUCCAAGCUCUUCAAGUAUUUCAGUGGCUGGAACAACAAAAACCAGUACGCUAUAUACAGGGGUCCUUCAGGACAGAGUCUGAAGACUCCUGCUGCAAUAUAUUCAUUGCAUUUGACUUUCUUAUUUUCCUGUAACAGUGCUAUUUUUAUACUGCAACAUUGUAUAUAAUAGUAGACUAUAAUAUUUCCUGCUCAGGCUUUACUAUUGCAACUUCAGUACAGGUAGCCUACGGUUACCAUGAAAACUUAAGGUUCAAAACAAUGAAGCUUGUUUUAUAUUAGGCUAUAGGUUAUGUCUGACAUGUAGCCUACAAAUCAGGAAAAAAACGUUUUUUUUAUUUUUAUUAAAUAGCCUAACCACGUUGUACUUUUUCAUAUCACUUUGCAAUUUAAUGUCUGUGAGUUAUAUGCAUUUGUACUCUAACAAGGGUCUGAAUUUGUCACAAACAUUUUGCAUGAAUAAAGACAGAACUAGGCCUACUUUCCGAAUAUGUAGGCUAUGAAUCUGA